AUGGAUAACUGCGCUGCCUGCCUUGUGCUUGGCUGUAUGAUUUUCCCUGAUGGCUGGGAUUCAGAUGAAGUGAAACGGAUGUGUGGAGAAAAGACAGACAAGUACACUCUCGGGGCUUGUUCAGUCCGCUGGGCAUACAUCCUGGCUAUUAUUGGAAUUUUGGAUGCCCUGAUCCUUUCAUUUCUAGCAUUCGUGCUUGGUAACCGACAAGACAGCUUGAUGGCAGAAGAACUGAAGGCAGAAAACAAAG